CCCAUUUUCUCUCGCAUCUGUUUUGUUGUUUGAUUGUUCUUCUCUUCUGUUUCUUCUGUGUCUCUGUCUUGCUCCUCCGUCGCCGUCGCUGAUCCCGUUGCUCUAUCUUCCGCGAUUCGAUCGGUAGAAGCGUUCAUCCAGAUGGCUGGAGGAGGAAUUAUCCAGCAGCUUCUGAGGAGGAAACUUCAUUCCCCUUCAGUUGCAGCUCCAGUCUUGUCAUGGUUUUCUUCGAAGAAAGCUCAAGAGGAUGCUGGGUCUGCUGGUGUUAGGGCUCUGGCACUGGUGGGUGCUGGUGUGACAGGAUUAUUGAGCUUUUCAUCAGUAGCAUCCGCUGAUGAGGCUGAACAUGGCUUGGAGUCUCCAAACUACCCUUGGCCCCAUGAUGGCAUCCUAAGCUCCUAUGAUCAUGCUUCGAUCCGACGUGGGCAUCAAGUUUACCAGCAAGUCUGUGCAUCUUGUCACUCAAUGUCUCUGAUCUCAUAUCGAGAUUUGGUGGGUGUUGCCUACACGGAGGAAGAAGUAAAAGCAAUGGCAGCUGAAAUCGAGGUUGAAGAUGGACCUAACGAUGAGGGUGAAAUGUUCUCCCGUCCUGGUAAACUAAGUGACCGAUUUCCCCAGCCAUACUCAAACGAGGCAGCUGCAAGGUUUGCCAAUGGAGGAGCGUAUCCUCCAGAUCUAAGUCUUAUAACCAAGGCACGCCACAAUGGCCAGAAUUAUGUCUUUGCUCUUCUGACUGGUUACCGUGAUCCUCCUGCUGGCGUUUCGAUAAGAGAGGGUUUGCACUACAAUCCUUAUUUCCCUGGGGGAGCAAUCGCUAUGCCGAAGAUGCUCAAUGAUGAAGCUGUGGAGUAUGAGGAUGGAACCCCUGCCACCGAAGCUCAGAUGGGUAAAGACGUUGUUUCGUUCUUGGCCUGGGCAGCUGAACCAGAAAUGGAAGAAAGGAAAUUGAUGGGUUUCAAGUGGAUAUUCCUACUGUCGCUCGCACUGCUCCAAGCAGCUUACUACAGGCGGCUCAAGUGGUCGGUUCUCAAGUCCCGCAAGCUCGUCCUCGACGUAGUGAACUAAAAUAAAAAGCAAAAGCUGCAAGAAGUGAGAGAGCUUGUCCUGUUAUCCAUUCGUAGAAGAGACUGUUUUCUCAGGUAAAAUAAUAAAACAUGGUAUCAUCCCAUUUUGUCUCUGUGUCAAAUCCCAUGGACCGACCAAACCAGUCUUUUGCUGGAAGCUGCAAAGAGCUGUUUUUCCUUCAGUCAGUUAUAUGAGGGGAAAAAGAGAGAACAAAAAGCUUUUUCGCCUCAUAUAAGCACACAUGAUUUUGAUUAUUGUGUUAUUAUACUCACACACAUUGAUUUUGUCGUGUUUCCUUGUUCUUCUCGGCUUGUCUCAAUAAAGGAAGUAUUUCUUCA